UUUACUGAUAGGUUGUUGUAAAAAAAUAACGAAACGGGAGUUUAAAGGAGUAAAAUCACUUAGUCUAAUUUAGUUUUAAUUUCAUCGCCGCGCUGGAAUAAAGUAAAACCGUGUUAUUUACUAAUAAUCUGUCUUAGUGUCGAUAGUGUACCGAGUACCGAUGGCUGUACAUAGUCCGUAUUAUGUCGUUUUUAAUGGUAUUGAUUUACUCAAGCCUAGUUAAACAACAGGUGUUAAUGCAAGCAAGUUGUAAGAACGCUAACUAUAUAAGAACCUAUAACUGAAAUUUGUGAAAUUUAAUAAAUCGUACACUAUUAUAGGAUAUUUAAGGAAUUUGUAUGUAUACGUAUGUUAUAAUAUGCAUUUUUAAUGAGCUCAGAAUUAGAAAGCAGCUAGCAUUUAUGUCAUAGACAAGAUGUUGACGGCUCCGGUUCUCUUCAUAGACUACCACGAUAAACGAUUUGUCAAUUCGAUAUUGACAGUUGGAUAACCUAAUUGAUAAACUUUAAUAACAAAUAUUUUUUGUGAUUUAGUAUUUUUUUGUGUGAGCUUGUUACAUCAGAAUGAUUAAAAAUUUCGCUAAAGCGCCUCAAAUAAUAUCAACAUUCAAAAAUAAAUUCAAGUUUCCUCAAAGAUUUAAAGGAACAAUAAUUGAAAAAUGGGCAGAUUACUGGAAGAAUUUGUUUAUAGACUAUCGACAAAUGCUGCAAGAUCUUAGAACCGACAUUCAAGACGAUCCGAAAAGAGCAUUGAAGUGGACCGCGGGCAUUUUGACGUUAUAUUAUUUAUACAAAAACAAUCCAAACGAAAUGGACUUUAAAGAUCAUUUAAAACGAAUAAAUAACGAAGCCGUCAUGAUAAGUGAAGAUUGUUUGAACCCAAAGUCAGUUAAACAUUUAGGUUUCCUAGGCUCAUGUUAUAACCAAGGAAUAAUACAUUAUACGAAUCUUGGACUUCUGUCUAUAAUGUAUACCUCAGAGUUGAAUGAUUCAUGUGACUUAUAUAAGGCUCAGUGCUCCUACUUAAAACCUUCGUACUUCACCUUCCCCUCAAGAGUGGUAGAUGUGGGGAUUAUGGGCAAAUGGUGGAACCUAUAUAUCAAAACACAUAAUUAUGAUGUUAAUUUGUAGAUGUUGUCCUGUUGCGUUCUAAUUGAAUAGCUAUUAUUAACUGUGUUGUGUAAUAGACUACCUUGUUUUAGAGUGUUAAUAUAAUUUCAAAUGUUAUUGAAA